CUGUCUACUUUCCUCCAGCCCUGUCAUUUCAGCCCUGACACCAACGCAAGAGGCUAGGAGGUCUACAAAUAGCGUCUGGGUAGCUGGUGUGAACACAGAGGGUACUGGGGGGGCUUAGCCCCCAAGGAAGAGGACUGGUUUUUCCCCAGCACCACCAUCAAGGCCUCGGGGUUCCCAACUUCCUCUACAUUCUGUGGACUGACUGAUUUAGGGAAUCCCAAACGAUGACAGAAAAGGAGGUGCUGGAGUCCCCUAAACCCUCCUUCCCCGCAGAGACUCGGCAAAGUGGGCUACAGCGGCUGAAGCAAUUACUCAGGAAGGGGUCUACAGGGACAAAAGACAUGGAACUUCCCCCAGAGCCCCAGGCCAAUGGGGAGGCAGUGGGAGCUGGGGGUGGGCCCAUCUACUACAUCUAUGAGGAAGAGGAGGAGGAAGAAGAGGAGGAGGAGGAGCCACCCCCAGAACCUCCUAAGCUUGUCAACGAUAAGCCCCACAAAUUCAAAGAUCACUUCUUCAAGAAGCCAAAGUUCUGUGAUGUCUGUGCCCGGAUGAUUGUUCUCAAUAACAAGUUUGGGCUUCGCUGUAAGAACUGCAAAACCAACAUCCAUGAACACUGUCAGUCCUAUGUGGAAAUGCAGAGAUGCUUUGGCAAGAUCCCACCUGGUUUCCGUCGGGCCUAUAGUUCCCCACUCUACAGCAAUCAGCAGUAUGCUUGUGUCAAAGAUCUCUCUGCUGCCAGUCGCAAUGACCCUGUGUUUGAAACCCUGCGCACUGGGGUGAUCAUGGCAAACAAGGAACGGAAGAAAGGACAGGCAGAUAAGAAAAAUCCUCUAGCAGCCAUGAUGGAGGAGGAGCCAGAGUCUGCCAGACCAGAGGAAGGCAAACCCCAGGAUGGAAACCCUGAAGGGGAUAAGAAGGCUGAAAAGAAGACACCUGAUGACAAACACAAGCAUCCUGGCUUCCAGCAGUCUCAUUACUUUGUGGCUCUCUAUCGAUUCAAAGCCCUGGAAAAGGACGAUCUGGAUUUCCCGCCGGGAGAGAAGAUCACAGUCAUUGAUGACUCCAAUGAAGAAUGGUGGCGGGGGAAAAUCGGGGAGAAGGUCGGAUUUUUCCCUCCAAACUUCAUCAUUCGGGUUCGGGCUGGAGAACGUGUGCACCGCGUGACGAGAUCCUUCGUGGGGAACCGAGAGAUAGGGCAGAUCACUCUUAAGAAGGACCAGAUAGUGGUACAGAAAGGAGACGAGGCUGGCGGCUAUGUCAAGGUCUACACCGGCCGCAAGGUGGGGCUGUUUCCUACCGACUUUCUGGAGGAGAUUUAGGCUUGCGGGCGCCCGCAGGCGGGAGACACCCACACCCAUUCUGGGCGGGCCCAGUGGAAUUUGGGGAGGGGGCGAAAGCAACAGGACUGCUGGGUAGAUAGGAAGGCCUGCCUGAGCAUGACAGGGCUUCUGGGAAGGGACUGGUUCUCGCCCCCUUCCCCAGCCUGGGGCCUCGGACACCUGCUGCCCAGAGCAGCCCGCACCUGAAACCUUUCGGGCCCCGCUUGCAAGAGCUGGAAGACAACGCAUAUCCACCAGGAGGAGCGAGGGACUUGGGGAGGAGGAGGGCAGGGGCGGGGGUGCGUGAACUGUCGAAUGUUGCAAAUUUAUUAAAGUUUUGACAAAAC